UUCAAGUUUUGAUUUUAAAAUAGUAAAAUUAUUCAUGCACAACCUAAGUGGGUACACAUAUUAUUAGUUAUUUAUACUUAUAAAUAUCUAUUUGUUGAAUAAUAUAAUUGUUAAAUUAAAAUUAUUUUUGGUCCUAUAAUCAACUUACUUGUAUGUAACUAUUUUAAACUGACACAUAAUACAUAGGUACUUUGUUAAUUGAAUGUGUUUUUGAAAUGGAUAAUCAACAAAGUUAUAUUUAAAUUAUUAUCUAAAAUUCUAUACAUAAAAUUAUAAAUUAUUAGGUAAUGUUAUUUGGUAAUUAUGUUUUAUAUGGUAUACAUAUAAAUAUAAAGACGAAUGUAAAUAAAUGUAAAUUUACAGAAUUUUCUAAAAAUUUUAGAUUUAGUUCAUAAUCUGGUAUUAUGGAUCCUUGGGUAGUUACUCCUCAAGAAUGGACUCGUUUUUGUGAACAUUUUCAAGCAUUGAAACCAGUAGGUGGUAUUAUUACAGGAGAGCAAGCCAAAGGAUUUUUUUUGCAAUCCAGAUUACCUCCACCUGUACUCGGUGCAAUAUGGUAAAAUUAUAUAAAUUAUUGUAUUAUUAAUUUAAUACUAUCAUAUCAAGUAGUAUAGUUGAUUGAAUAAUUAACAUUUUAAUUUAUUUAUGUAUAUUUUAGGGGUUUAGCUGAUACUGAUGCAGAUGGCCGUAUGAAUAUUAUUGAAUUUACUAUUGCUUGCAAGUUAAUUAGCCUUAAACUACGAGGCUUAGAGUUACCUAAAGUCAUUCCUAGUAAUUUAUGGAACUCUGUUCAGGCUCUAAGUAAUUUAAAAACACUAACUUUUAAAAUAAAAAAAUAAUAAAAUAACUAUAAAUAUGGUACAUUUUUAGAUUCAGUUCCUAAAGCAUCUUCCCCACUUCUCCCCAGUCCACCAACAAUGACUCCUGGAAUCGCACCACCCAUGACUUUACCAUUGUCAACUGUAUCUCAUUCAGCAUCUCCGUCUUCAGUUUUACCCCCAAUUUCGCCGCCAUUAAUACCAGCUGCCCCUUCUCCUGUUGGCCGGGCAAGUUCUACUAUUAGUCCAAUUGAGCCGGUUCUCAAUCAGACUUCAUCAGCUCAGAUCACAAAUGGAAACACUAUGACAUUAGUUGGUCAAGUUGCCCCCCCACUUAAACCAAUACCUCCUGCAGCACCUUCUCGUAAGUUUUAUAUUACUAUUUUAUUUUUUGUUAUUUGACAAUUAUUUUAUUUGUUUUAGUCUCAGGUACUCCGGCCACUUCUAUGCCAAUACCUAUAUCUUUAGAUUCUCCGUAAGUUGAAGAUAUACCUAUAAUUUAAUCCAUUAUUAUUAUUUUAAGUCUAAAAUUCUGUAAAAAUAAGUAAGCAUGGUAUUGCAUAAAAUGUGAUUACAUAGUAUACAAUGUGUAUUCUAUUAAAUAUUUCAUAAAUAAUUAUCUUUUUAUGAUUUUUAAAUUAGUUAAUUUUUUUGUUUUGUUUUUAUGAUAUUAUAGAGGAAACCAAGAAUGGGCAGUACCACACCAAACUAAACUAAAAUAUACUCAACUUUUUAAUACCACUGAUCGCAUGAGGACAGGCUUUUUAACUGGAGUUCAAGCACGUGGAAUCAUGGUGGCUACUCAGUUACCACAAAAUGUUCUUGCACAAAUAUGGUAAAAUUAAAAUCAUAACAAUAUAUUAAUGUCAUUGAAUAUAUUGAAUUGUAUACUUUUUGCAGGAAUCUCUCUGACAUGGACAAAGAUGGUCAGUUAUGUUGUGAUGAGUUUGUUUUAGCUAUGUACUUGUGUGAUUUGGCUAAAUCUGGAGAGAAAAUUCGUAUUCCUCUACCUCCUGAACUUAUACCUCCAUCUGUUCGACGGCAACGUCAGAAUAGUUUAACAGCUCCUAGUGAAGGAACUCCAGAAUCAGAUUCUUGUUUGAUAAAUCAAACAACAUUUGAAGAUAAACGUAAAGAGAAUUUUGAAAAAGGACAAGCUGAAUUAGAAAGACGUCGUAAAGCUCUAUUAGAAAUUCAAAGAAAGGAACAAGAAGAGCGAGAACGUAAAGAAAGAGAGGAGCAAGAAAGAAAAGAAAAAAUUCGAUUAGAACAAGAAAAAAGGAGACAAGAAGAACUGGAAAUUCAAAUGAGAAAACAAAGAGAAUUAGAACAGGAAAGAGAAGAGCAAAGAAGAAGAGCUCAAGAACAAAGAGAAGCUGCUCGAAAGUGAGUAACUAUUUCAUAAUACAUUUUUUAAUAAUUUAUUAACUUUUAAAAUAAAAUAAUUAGAGAAAUGGAGAGGCAACGCCAAUUAGAGUGGGAAAAACAAAGAAGUAUGGAACUUCAGCAACAACGUCAGAAAGAACAAGAAACUGUAUUAAAAUUAAAAGGGAAAAAUAAAAGUUUGAGCAUUAAUUUACAGCAAAUGGUAAGUUUUCAAUUUAAGUUUUAUUUUUUAAUUUUAUUAUAACGGUGUUUUUAGACUGAUAAAGUUCGCGAAUUAUCACAAAAAAUUAGUGAGACACGUGCAAGUGUGACCGGUGUAAAAUCUACAAUUGAUAGUAUGCGUACGACACGAGACACUCAAAUGAAUGAAAUGUCGCGUUUAAAAUCUACUUUGAAAGAACAAAAUCAACGUCUCAUUGCUGUCAGUCAAGAAAAAAUACGUUUAGAAGCAAAGAACAAAAUUAAUUCCAAUUUUGAUACUUCAGAAACACAAGAACAAGCUCAACUAUCUGUUUCAAAUAAAAAGUUGACAUUAAAAAGCUUACAAGAUAAAAUUAAAGAUUUAAGUUCACAAGUAAGAUCAUAUUCAAUUUUAUUCCUUGUCUAUAUUACUUUUAUUUGCUAAUUGUUUUAUAUUUAUAUUUUUAUAGAUCGAACUAAAAAAACAAGAUGUCGAAAAUAAUAAUAGUACCAUUGACCAAUUAAAGGUACAGUUGACCAAGUUAGUAGAAGAUUGUGAAAAAACUUACCCAAAUUACGAAGAAAAUACUAAGAAAGUCGUUGAAAUGAAGAAAAAUAAAGCAAAGGAAAUGUCAUCCUGGGGAGACGAUGCAUGGAAUUCAGCGCCUACUGCUGAAUGGACUGAAGAAACUACUCCGGAAACUAAAAGUAUUUAUUUAUUAUAAUUAUAAUAAUUGUUGAGUAUUAAUAUGUAUUUAUUUAUAGGUUCAAAUAAGUAUAUAAUGUGUACCGCUUUAUAUAAAUUUGAAGCUCGUAAUAUUGAUGAACUAUCUAUUCAACCCGGAAAUACUAUUAUGGUUCCAUUGGAACAAAAUGCAGAACCUGGAUGGUUAUCAGGAAACUUGGAUGAUAAGACUGGAUGGUUUCCAGAAUCCUAUGUUCAAACAGUGAAUUGCAUUUAUGAUAUUCGCGAUAUAAUUGAUAAUCGUCAAGCUAUUUUAGAUGGCACCUUCGUACCUAAACAAAAGCCAUUAGAGUAAAACAUAUUUUUGUAUUAUAUAAUUUAAAAAAAAAUGUUAAACCUAAUGAAAUGUUGUAUAGGGGAAUUGCUGAAUUACCAGAAAAUGGGUUUGAUCAUGGUUUUGAAACUGAUGAAUUUAGUUCUUCCUAUUCUCUUCCAAAACUUACUCUAGGACUUGGUAAAAUUGUGAACUUUAGUGUCAAAGUUGUAAGUGAUUGGGAUGGCUAUGAUAGUACUUUUUUGACUCUGAAAUCUGGUGAUAUUAUUGAAGUAACUGAAAGUCAAGUAUGUAUUAUUGAUAAUUAAAUAAUAUAUUAUAAUAGUUAAAUUGUAAAGCAUGACUGAAUCGUUUAGUUGGCAUAAAUUAUAUUUAAAAAUGUUUGUAAACAAACAUUUGAAAGGUUCUUAAAUAUUAUUAUAAAUUAUUGUUAAGUUCCAGUUUAAAUAUUUUAUUUUUUAAAAGUAAAUAAAAUGUUGUGAAUUAGAACAUUAUUACUUAUUUUUAUACUAUAUUUCUAGGAUGAUUGGUGGUAUGGUAAAACUCCUAAAACUCCCGGUGGUUGGUUCCCAAAAUCAUGUGUUACUGUAGUUGAUAAUGUAAUCAAAGAUCCUCAGAUUGAUAUUUCAAUUGAAAAACCAGGUUUGUAUAUUUAUUAUUCAAUUACUUCAAUUGGGUAUUAUACUUUUGCAAAGAAAAAUUGUAUUUUAUUUAUACACAAAUUGUUUACAUAAUAUAAUUUUGAUAAUAAUUAAAGUAUUUAUCUAUAAAGUAAUUUUAAGUAAUAAUCUUGAUAUUUUACUUUAAAUUUCAGAUAUAUUUAUUUACAAUUGCACAAAAUAUCUGAUUUUAAAUUGACCAAAUGUCAAAUAUAACAAACUUUGUUUAUAAAGCUUUGAUAAAAAAUGAACAAUUUUUUGAAAUUAAUUUAAAAAAUUAUUUAUAGAAUAUUACAUUGUUCUCUAUCCAUACGAGUCUGCUGAACCAGGAGAUUUAAAUAUGAAUCAGGAUGAAGUGGUUUUAGUAACUAAAAAGAAUGGUGAUUGGUGGACAGGAACCAUAGAUGAUCGGUCCGGAAUAUUUCCUUCUAAUUAUGUGCAGUAUCUUGAUCCACAGGUAAAUUGAUCCUUGUUUUUAUUUUAAAAACAUUUUAUGUAUGAAUAAAUCUCUGUAGUUUUUAUAUUUUAAUGAAUAACUUUAAUAUCUACACAUUAAUCUGUUUAAAUGUUUAUUUUUUUUUCCUAUCAAUUAUAAAAUUAAUUUUGGGCUUUGAAUUUUUUUAUGAUUUAGUUAAUUGUGUAAUGUUAUUCUUAAUAUAAUAGGCUUGACAUGAAGAAUUUGAAUUGUUAGGCUAAUAUUUUUAUGAUUCUAACUAAUAUCUAAAUUCUAAAAUAUUUUUGUUGGUUUUUUCCUUUUUUCUUUAUUAUUUUUUUUUACUCUUAAAAUAAUUUGUUGGACAUUUCUAUAAAUUAUAUAUUGUUGUUAUUCUGUGUUAAUUUUUUUUGUUUUAAUUGAAAUGAUAUUAUCAUUAUGUAGCCUAAGGAAUCUGUUGUGAACACAAAUCCUCCCUUUGAAACGGCUUCUUCAGUUAAGUCAGAAACAUCUGUUACUUCUUCUCCUUUAACUACUCCAGUUAUGCUAGAACCUCAAAAACCAUCUGGUAGUAGAUCAGUGACGCCUGAUCUAGCAUUAACAAAGGUAUGAAUAUUGAUAUGAAAACAUUAUGUUUAUUAUUUUACACUAUCAUGUUUACUAAAUGCUUGACUCAUAUAUUCACUAAUUUAUUUUGAAAUGAUACACUUCUUUUUUAUCACAUAUUCCACAAUAUUCUAUGCUUGUUGUGUAUAUUUCAUUGAUUGUAUGUUGUUGCUUGUGCCUUGUGUUUCAUGUCGUCAGAGAGAAAGCAGUGCAACUGAAGAUAGUGAAAAUGACGACAAGGUAAAACUAUGCUUUCAGUGUGUGUUUGCAUGAAAUAAAUGUAUCACCUAUGUGAAAAAAUAUAUUUCUAUAACAUUUUGAUCAAAUGGCACCUAUAAUGUACAUUUCUCAUUAGAUACCUAAAGGAACAAAAAAAGCAGAAGUGGCGACCGUUAUUGCUCCAUACACAGCUUCCAGUACAGAACAGUUGAGUCUACAGCGUGGACAGUUAGUUAAAAUUAGAAAGAAGACCGCUACUGGAUGGUGGGAAGGAGAGUUACAAGUAAAUAAAUAAAAUAUGAGUAAUUUGAAUUUAGAAUUUAUUUUUAAUUUUCAAAUUUAAUCUUAGGCUAAAGGACAAAAACGUCAAAUUGGAUGGUUUCCAGCAUCUUAUGUUAAAUCAUUAGGUAACGCUGCUAGGUCAAAUUCACCAGCUAUUAAAAGUAAUCAACCAAAUAUGCCUGUUAAUCCUGUAACAACCUCACCAAAUAAUAGUUUAGGUAAUAUAAUAAUAAAAAUAUUUGAUCUUCCCUGUUUAAUGACCAAAUAUGAUUUUCAGAGAAAGUUAUAGCAUUGUUUCCGUUUAAUGCAGUUCACAAUGAUGAAUUAACAUUCCAGAAAGAUGAGAUUAUUACAUUGGUGUCAAAAGAUGAGCAAGCUUGGUGGAGAGGAGAAUUAAAUGGAAAAACUGGAUUGUUUCCAAGUAAUUACGUGGCACCUCUAUGUAAGUAAUAUGAAUUAUUCAUAAUAAUAUAUUAAAUGCCCCUACACACUUUAAGAUCUGGUCAGGUUAACAGGAUAAUUUGGUCAGAUCAGAUAUCAUAUUAGGCCAUGUGUUAUCUGACUAAAAUCCUGUUAUAUUAUAUGGCUGCUCAGUCAACUGAUUAAAUUGGAUCACGUAUAGUACUGUCUGGCAAAUUUUUUUUUGAUGUGUACACUAGUGAGUGGAAAUAAAUUUCAACUGACCAUGCAAUGAUCAGUCGUGCAAUGAUUGCUAUGUGUACACUACUUUUUGAUUUGGUCAGGCUAUCAGUCAAGUGUCGACACGAUCAAAUCAUAUAGUGUGUAGGGGUCUUCAUACUUUAAUAGUAGAAUACUAGAUAGUAGUAUGAAUUCAUUAAAUAUUCUAUGUAAAAAAUCCAAGUUAAAAUUUAAUUAUAAAAAAAAUGAGAUCAUAAAUAAUUCUUAAAAAAUUAAUAAUUGAUUCCAAAAGAUGGUAUAUUAAAAAAACAAUUUUUUAAAAAAUGUAUGUGUAUAUUAUAAAAACUAUAUUUCUUUUAUAAUUAUGACCUAAUUUAUGGGAUUUCUCAAAAUUGGUAAAAAUGUAUAGCUAUUGUUUAUUCAUAUUGUAAUGGGUUCACAAUAAAAUAAUGAACUCUUCUAAAUAGUAUAUUUAUAAGUUGUUGAUAAACAUUAAGAAUUAGGGUACAACUCAUACUAACAUCUUCUAUAUUCUGUCUCUUUUGUUUUUUUUUGUUUUUUUUUUUUUUUGUAGGAGUUUGUUAUAGUCAUUUGCUCACUGGCUAACAACUUAUCAGGCGGAUGAACUUCAGAAUAUUAGAAUGAUAUCGUUAAUUAAAUUAUGUAUUUUUUUUUUCUAAAGCCUGAUUAGUAAGUAAGUUUAAUCUUUAUGCUUUCUAAAUUAUACGACUAAUUCAAGGAAAUAGUUUAGUCAUAAACAAACUUUGUAUUAUUCUAAAAUUGUUAUUCAUUAUAAUAGUUGAUGGGUUAGUCAUUAAAACAAAAUACAUUUUAUUAUACAAUUUUCAUUAUUAUUGGAUACAGUAGAAACAGUUUUUUAUAACAAUACAUUGGAAGAAUCAAUAAGAAGUGCAAUCACUUUUUUUAUUCAAUAUUUCAGAUAUUUUUAUCACUGAGACUAUAGUCUGUGUUGCUAACAUGUUUAUUGUGUUAACUAGUGCCAUUACAAACUGUUUCUUCUGUGCUUCACUAUUUGUAUUAAUAGCACUUUUUAACUUAAAAUGUGUAAAUUAUGUUUAUCAAAUACCAUUAGGAACAGAAAAUAUUAAUAGAAUUAUUUUACCUUAUGAUUUACUUAAGUGCAAUAUUUUUUCCCUCCAUUUAUUGUUAUGAGUUUAUUAUUAUUACUUUUUUUUUUAAUAUAAACAAUUUUUAUUUUACCUAUUAUGUGAUUUUUUUUUUCUUGUUUUUAUUAGAAUCUCAAUAACUGAUUUACUAUUGUAACUGUUAUAUCUAUAUUAUUUACAAUUAUCAGUGUUACUAUAUAACUACUUAAAUUUUAUGAACAAUCACUGAAUAAAUAACUGUAAUUUUUUUUUUAAACAAUUAACAUUAAUAUUAAAUUUUAUUAUUUAGUAAUGAUUCUUAGUUUUUGUUAAAAUGCAUGUUUUAUAGUUACUUUUAUUGUACUUGAAUAAUUAAAAUUAUUAUCAACUUAUAUAUCGAACAUUUAUGUUACAAAUUUAGAGGAGUUCAUUAUAAUUAAGUUAUUAUUGAAUGGUAAAUUUAGAUUGAAUUCUUAUUAUUUAUUUCAUAAUAUAUAUUAUAUUUUAUUCACUAUGACUAUGAUAUUAAAUAUAUAAAAUUCUUCAACUAUUAUAAAAAAAAAUUUUUUUUUUUUUAAAUUUAUUCUACAAUCAUCUAGAUCCAAAAAAUGUGUAUUGGUUUUCCAAAAUUUUAUAUUAGUUCAAAUAUUUAUAAAUCCAAAAAUAUCUUAAUAACCUAUUUUUAAUACAAUAUUAUUGAUUGUAUCAGUACUUUUUUUUUUUAAAUAUUUUUGGGUAAUUAUUAGGAAUUUAUUUAUAAAAAAUAAUCAUUGGUAUAUCUUAUUUUACUUCCUCGUUUAAAAUGAAUCUAUACAAAUAAUAUACUUCAAUUUAUUUUGGCUGAAAUUACUUUUUUUUAAAUACUUAAGACAUAAUAAAUGUUAUUAGUUUACAUUUUUUUUUUUAAACUAUAUUCAUAGAAAACAAUUUUAAUUUGGGCUCUCAGUUUAUUUUACCAUGCUUUACUUAUGUAUUUAUUGAUGAGUAUGAUUUUUUUUUUUUCAAUUACAUUUAUAAUGGUUUUUAAAGCAAAAUUUUUUAUUCCUGUUUUCUGAGGGGGAACCAUACUUUUUUUACUAAGAUUAUAUUGAAAUGUAUAAAUCAAUUAUUUUAUUCUGUUUAACAGACCUGUAUGAUUUUUAUAUUUCUUAUCUUAUUUAACUGAACCCAAAAUCAAACUAAUCUUCCUUUUCUUUUGAAAUUUCUGAUCUAUUUUAACUAUGUAGCUGAAGUAACAAUCAAAGUAAAAUUGAAUAAAGAAGAACGGAAACGUCAACAACAUAUUCAUGAAUUGAUAACUACUGAACAAGCCUACAUUGAAGAUAUGACUGCAGUGCAUGAAGUAUUAUUAUUUUUUUUUAACUUAUAUAAUUAAAUAUUUCUCAUCAAUACAUAGUUGAUAUCAAACUAUCACAAUAAAAAUUUUUUAAUUUAAAUACUAGAUAUUUUAGAUUCUGAGCGGAGUAAGAAAUGUAUUAGUUUUACAAAAAUGUUUAUCACUGUUAUUAUUUUUUAUCUGUGAACAACUUUUCUACUAAAGUCUUGCUCAGAUUUUCUAGUGUAGCACUUUUAUAAAAAGAAAUUUUCCUGGGGUGGUACUUUAAGAAGGUUAUUUUUUAUUUUCCUAGGGGUUUUCAUUUCUCAGAACUUAAAUAUUAUUGUGUUUAAAAAGAUGUAUAAUUGAACUUCGUUCAAAUCGCUUUUCGUUAGCAAUGAUUAAUUGUCGCAUACAGAUAUACAUUAAAUAUCCCAUUUUACUCCCCAAGUUCUCACCUACAACAGUGACUCACACAUAGUGUGAAGUAUGUCAGUUUGUUUUAUUAAAUAUUUUUACAUUUCUUUUAGUAAUUAAGUUGUAAUUUUUUUUCAAUAAUUAUAAAAUACUUAAUUUAUAGAAAUAUUUGUUUUUAAGGUAUUUUAAUUUUUUAAGAGUGAUCAAUCUAUUGUAAGACACUUGUUAUUCCGAAAAGUGUUAACUUUUUUUUGAAAUUUGUUUUUUAAAACUUUUAAGAAACAAGCUAUUCUAAAAUUUAACAUUUACAUUAUUUUCACUCUAAUUGUUAGGAGUGAAACGACUACUUAUUUUUGAUUUAAUAUAGGUUGCCAUUUGAAAUUUAAAAGUAGGUAGUCGUUUCACCCCUAAAAGUUUAGGGUGAAAAAAAAUAACGUAAACAUAAAAUUACAAAGCUGCUUGUUUCUAAAAUUUUCUACAAAACAAAUGUUGAAAAAAGUUGAUAUUUUCCGAGAUAACAAAUAUCUUAUGAUAGAUUGAUUACCCUGUAUAGAAAGUGAUUAUCGUUCAACACUCAUUAUUUCGAAGUAUGGUCAAUAGGUUUAUGAGAUAUUCCAUUUAUUGUUUAACCCACAAAAAUAAGAAUGAAAAAAAAUAAUGGUAUUUUAACAUUUUAGAACUGCUUGUUUCUUAAAUUAUUCAAAAAAAGUCUAUACUUUUUGAAAUAAUGAGUUGCACGAUAAAUGAAAAUUACAGGUGAUAUCAUUUUGUAAACAUAUUUUUUAAAAAUAAUUUUAGCAUAUUUUAUAAGUAUCCUGAAUAAAUCCUUUAGGUGUUUGAAAAGCCAUUAUAUGAAAGUGGCGUUCUUACUGCUAAUGAUAUACGCAAAAUCUUUAUUAAUUGGGAAGACAUUAUAGAGUGUAAUCAAAUAUUUUUAACGUAAGUUUUGUAUUUAGUAUAGAUUUAUUUUUAUUUCAGAUCAUAACAUUAGUAGAACAUUUUGAAUAUGUCUUUUUAAGAAUACAUCAAACAGUAGUAAUUUAAUAAUAAUUUUUCUAUUAUAAAUUUUAAUAAUUUAAGUAUUAUAAAAUUGAAUGCUAUAAUGUUUUUUUUUUUUUAAUUCUUAAUAAAGAAAAUAUUUUCCAGAUCAUUGCGUGUGCGUAGAGACAUGAGUCCCGCUGGCAUAGUAAGAAUUGUUGGUGAUAUUUUGUGUGAGCAAGUAAGACAUGUGUAAAAUGUAAUAAUUAUUAAUUAUGAGUUUUUAUAAUAAGAACCUUUUUUCUUACUCAUAUUUUAGCUUCCACGAAUGACUCGAUAUGUAAGAUUUUGUAGUUGUCAGUUAAAUGCUGCAAUUACCUUACAAAAGUUAACUGAAACUAAUCCAGCAUUUUGUGAAGUAACAAAACGUUGCCAGAGUGAUUACCGUAUAAAAGGAUUACCUUUGAGUUCAUUUCUCAUUAAACCCAUGCAGCGAAUCACUAAAUAUCCUUUACUUGUACAAAAGGUAUAAUCAGUUUAAAAAUACCGAUACUAUUGUAUUAUAUUUAUGUAUUUUAAUUAAUUUUCUACAGAUUUUAGAACAUACUCCAACAUCUCACCCGGACCGUUUACAUUUAGAAGAAGCUCAUGCCAAAGCUGAAGAAAUAUGUCUUCAAGUAAAAUUUAUAAUUUAUAUAAAAAAAAAUAAAAAUAUUAUCUAUUUAAAUUUUAUUUUUAUUAUAAUAGGUAAAUGAAGGCGUUCGAGAAAAAGAAAAUUCUGACCGUUUAGAGUGGUUACAAACACAUGUUAAUAGUGAAGGGUUAAGUGAAAGGUUAAUAUUUAACUCAUUGACUAAUUCACUGGGAUCUAGAAAAUUUUUACAUUAUGGAUGUUUAUCUAAGACUAAAAGUGGUAAAGAACUUGUCGGAUUUUUAAUGAAUGACAUGUUUCUUCUUGUUAAACCAGUCAAACCAACAACUUUAUCUGGACAAGUCUUUUCAUUUGAUAAAUUCUCGGGUGAUUUAUUUAAAAUAUACAAACAAGUGAGUUUUUGAUUAAUGUUUUUUUUUUUUUUUUUUUUGUAAUUGAUAAUUUUUGUUUUAUAUCUAGCCUUUUUUAUUAAUGCUAUUGAAUAUUGCUGACUCAAUCAACGAUAGUAUUGAAUUUCGAAUUGAUUAUGAUAAUAUCCCUAUACUAUUAUCAGCUCCUAGUAUUAAUGAACGUAAUUUAUGGUUAAAAAAAUUGAAUGAAGUUAAACAAAUUUUAAUUGCUAGUGAAAAGAAUCAAAAACGCCUUUUGGAAACAAGUAAUAUUUAAUAUUUGUUUAUUUAUUAGUUAAUGACUGUUGAACUAAUUAGUGAAGUUUUUAGAAAAAGCUGAUUUUGGUGCUUGUGGCCGUGUCUUAGUUUUUGUUAUGGACGGUAGAAAACUUCAAGCUCCAAAACUUGGUAAAAAAAUAUUCUUAACAAUAUAUUAUCAUAUAAUUAUUUAUUUUAUAAUAUUAUAAUCAUAUUAUACUUGUUAUAAUAAUAUUUUAUGUUUUAUGUGAAUCAUUGAAAAUUAAUGAACAUGUCUAAAAUGCUUGAUCUAUUUUAAUUUAUAUGGUAAUAAAUUGUGUCUAGGUAAAAAAGCAACAUUUUGUGAAGUAACUAUGGGAUCUCGAAAACAAUGUACACCAGUAAGCGAAUCUCCUGAUCCCAAAUGGGAUUCAUCAAUGCAAUUUCUUGUCAAAGAUAUUCAAGAUGAUAUUCUUUGUGUAACAGUGUUCAAUAAAGGCCACUAUUCUCCUGAUGGUAAUGUUAUUUGCUUAGUUUAAAUACAAUUUACUCUAUAUAGAGAUUUAUAUUUUAUUAAAUAGGUAGUUUGCUUUUAGAAUUUUUAGGUCGUUCUGAAAUUCGUGUAUCAGAAAUAAUCCAAUCUACUAAAAAUAGCAGAGGGCCACUUACUAAACAUUUACAACUACGAGAAGUUCAGACUGGUACCAUAACUUUAAAAUUAGAUUUAUGCUUGUUUGAUUAA